AUGUCUCUCUGGUCGUUUGCCGUGUUCUGGUUCUACCUCGCGUCCUUCUUUGUGGUCGGCACGCUCGCCGCGGUCCUGGUGCUGCCGUUCAUGGCGGCGUCGCUGCUAUUUGCAACGGGCGUCGUGAUAUGCGGCUUCUUCAGCAAUCUCAGCUUCCGUUCCGCGCAGCUGGUCUAUGACCAGUUCGUCGGCACGCUCCAGCUCACGCUCCAGCACAUGGCGGAGCAGGUCCCGCCGGCCUCUGAUAUGCAGCAGCCCUCGGGCUCGACGAUCGACACCGGCGCCAUGCUCGCGCACACAUUUGACAGCUCCUCCUACGGCGCGACCACGCAGACAGGUUCGGGGCCCGAGUCCGGGCCGGUGCCGGAGCUGGGUUCCGAGGUCUCCGCGUCGCCGUCGCCCGAGCUGGCAGCACUCCCGGUCGCGCACAAGCGCUCCGGCCGUCGAACCGGCACUCUCGCAUCUGGAAUGUGA